AUGAUCAGAUCUGCCAGUCACGUGUGGGACCAUGCGACGUCGAAGCAGGUCAUCCUCUCAGGGAAUAUAUAAUCCUAUGGUAAACCCCUAUCUGCGUUCUCCGGACUAUCCUCAGGUCUGUCUUUUUGAUCGUGUGCAUCCUGAGAGAUAUCAGCACUGGCAAACAGACUGAUACAGCUGGGCUCUUGAAUGUUGAUUUAUUGUCGAUCUAGGAUUUAUUACUUUGAGCUUAACACGCGUCACAUAGCCGGUUGCCGCCUAGCUUCAACAUUUUCCUCAGCCAAGCCUUUCGCAGUUGGAUUGCGCAGAGAAGACUCUGCACGGUUAUGGGAGCGGCGAGCGCCUCUUACACCAGAUGCAGUUAGUACCCUCGUGGGGAGAGGUGUUCAAGUCUUGGUCCAAAGUUGUAAUCGGCGCAUCUUCUCGGACAAAGAUUAUGCAUCUGCCGGUGCUAGAAUUGUCUCAACCCUUGAUCCGGCACACUUGAUACUUGGUAUCAAAGAAAUUCCUUUGACGGAGCUCGAGCAUCUUUCCUCUCUGCACUACCCUCGGCCACGUACACACUUAAUGUUCUCUCACACGCACAAGGGCCAGCCUUAUAACAUGCCGCUUCUUGCCCAUUUUCUUCAAUCUAAAGAUAGUCCCCGACUCAUUGACUACGAAAACAUAAUCGGGGACGACGGAAAGAGGACAGUAGCUUUCGGUUUCUUUGCUGGGGCCGCCGGAAUUAUUGAAGGAUUGGGAGCUGCUGCACUCGAUUUGCUCCAUAUUGGAUUUGCAUCUCCUUUCUUGAAUAUUCCUCGGGCAUAUGUGCACAAGGACCUCGCAUCGGCCAAGGCAUCGCUGCGCGCCGUCGGGGAACAGGUUUCCGCUCAUGGGACCCCAGAAGCUGCUGGACCUUUGGUUAUUGCUGUUACUGGGAAUGGAAAUGUGAUCCAAGGUGCGAUGGAUAUGUUGAAGGAACUCCCCGUUGAAUUUGUGCAGCCGCGUCAGCUGCCUGUUCUUGUCGCUGAUCCUGCCACGGACUUGAAGAAGGUCUAUGUUGUACAUGCUCAACCCUCGUCCUACCUUUUCCGCAAGGAUGGGGGAGCGUACGACCGUCAAGACUACUACGAUCGUCCCUCCGAAUACUACAGUCGCUUCUAUGAAACCAUUGCUCCAUAUGUAUCCCUCCUCGUCAACGGGGCCGGUUGGCAACCUGGUUUCCCGCCCCUCAUGUCGAACCAGCAGCUUGGCCUUGCUCUUCGCAACGCGAAGCUGGUUGGGAGGGCGAGAUUCAGAAGCAUCUCUGACAUAUCAUGCGAUGUUAAUGGAGGCAUCGAGUUCCUGACACGAGUAACGACUGUCGACGAUCCAUUCUACUACGUUUCUCCCAUUUCCUCAUCCUCAGUGGAGACCUCAGCGAAACCCUUGAGGCAAUCGAUCCAGAUGGUGGCGGUGGAUAUUCUACCUACUACUUUGCCUCUCGAUGCGUCUCGGCACUUCAGUUCCAGGCUUGAACCGUAUUUGUGGACGCUCAUCAAACAAAUGAAAGGCGAGGCGUUGAGGGGUGAUGAUAUCGCAUACUCAGAGGCUCUCAGCAAGGCCACCAUUGUUCAAGGUGGACGGCUUGCAAAACAACACGAAUGGCUAUAUAAUAGAGCGAGGGAACAGCGACGGGCUACUACACCGACUGAGCAAGCCCAUCUCCUCUCCUCCGAUAUGUCAUUAGGUACAACUCCGAAAUCGUCGAGUUUUCUGCGUCCAAAGAAGAGGAUCCUCCUCUUCGGUAGUGGAAUGGUCGCUAAGCCGUUCCUUCAGACGAUAUGGGAUCAUAUCGAACACAAGGACUCUGCAUUGAAAGUUGUAGUCGCUUCCAACAACAUUAUUGAAGCCGAAGCUCUUGUGAAUGGACAUGAAGCAACUACAACAGUCGUCGAAAUUGACGUUAACAACGAGGUAAAUGCAGGGCGCCUUGUUGAGAGUGCAGACAUCGUUGCUAGUCUCUUGCCUGCCUCACUUCACGUCCGCAUCGCGGAGUAUUGUCUUAAGUAUCGCAAGCAUCUUGUCACUGCAUCGUACAUCUCCCCGGCAAUGAAGGAUCUUAAUGAACGGGCGAUUGGGUUUGAUCUAUUGUUCUUGAACGAAAUUGGUCUCGAUCCAGGAUUAGACCACUUAUCUGCAAUGGAGCUUCGAAAUAAGUUAGAAGCUGAGGGGAGGAAAGUCAUUUCCUUCAUCUCCUGGUGUGGGGGGCUUCCGGCUCCAGAAGAUAGUAAUGUGCCUCUUGGCAUGAAGUUUUCAUGGAGCCCCCGUGCUCUCCUGAGUGCUGUUCUCAAUGAUGCUCAUUUCAAGAUGUCAAAUAAGGUGCACUUUGUCCCAGGGAAGGAAUUGCUAUCCAGAUACUUCCCAGAUGUGAAUAUUGCAAGGGGCUUCGCCUUGGAAGGCUUGGCGAAUCGUGACAGUCUUUCUUAUGCGGAAGCUUAUGAUCUUGGGUCUCUGGAUGAUUUGGAGACCGUCUUCCGAGGAACCUUACGAUAUAAAGGGUUUUCUCGUAUGCUACAAUCUUUCAAGAACAUUGGGUUGCUGAGCGUUAGCGGGGAAAGCGAAAUCCAGAUCGAGAACUGGUCGGAUCUUGUACCUGCUGCACUUGGGAAAACCCUCGGAAUGCCUAAUCCCUCCGUAUUCUCAUCGCUUGAAUCACUUCGUUCAGGGUUAGAGGACGCCAUAUCUGAUGCUCAGUCUGUCGAAUCAACAUUGGCUGCCAUGUCCGAACUAUCGUUGUUGCGCAAUUCUGCUCCUCCGCGUGAACUUCCGGUCAUUCCUAGGGGAUCAUACUCGCCCAUGGAACUCUUUGCAACUCUCUUAUCUCACAAACUUCGAUACCAUCCUGGGGAACGAGACAUGGUGAUUCUUAACCACGAGCUCGUCACAAUCCCUUCGACUGCACGUUUUGAUCCGACUCUAGCACAUGGCACCUCCCACUCUGGCCCGCACCAAGUACACACGAGUACCCUUGUUGCAUAUGGAGACACCUCUCCCGACGGAUCAUCCGCUAUGGCACGUACCGUCGGAUUGCCGCUUGCUUUUGCUGCUCUUAGGAUCUUGAAUGGAGAUAUUCGAGUUCGAGGUGUGAGGGCUCCUGUCGAUGAGGAAAUUUAUAAGGUUUUACUUGAGGAUUUACGGGGUGAAGGGAUGAUCAUGAAAGAAGGGCGGGUGGAAGGGGCUGGAAUGGGUCAGGAGUUGGUUGAUGGUUUAGAGUGGAUGAAGGCAAGUCAAGUUGCCACGUAAACUCAUGCUGUUUUAAGCUUGCAUUACAAUUGUAACUUUUCACUCUCAGAAUUAUCUGGCUAUCCCGUGUAACUUUUCUAACUGAACAAUGUCCUAGCUCAAUAUUGACUGACACUGAAUGCGAUUCAUCGAAGCAAAACACGGAUAAUUCGCCUCCAACAACGGAU